GAAAUGUGAAAUAAUGUAGCUGCAGGCUCUGGCACUGCACUCCAAGGGCUUUGUCUGCCUUGGCUGACAAAACGCUCUUGGCUUUUGAUCAAAGGAAAGUAAGUGGAAGCUGGUUUUCUCUUGAUGUUAAAAAAGCUCCUGACAGAGAGUCCCUGCGAGGCUGGUUGAGAGCCCAGGCCCCGUGGUACGCUCGGAAAACUCAUUGAAGGAAAACAGGGAGAAUAAUGGCAGCGUGGAAUGAUUUCUGCUGGAUGAGGAAAUGGCAUCCUGAUGGCCAGGGUGUUUCCUUCGGGAUUUGUAAAACUGUCUGGAAGAAGGGCCUGGAGCUGUAUCCAAACCCAAUGUUGGAUUGAGUAGCCCAGGACAGUUUGGGCUGAGGGAUUUUUCCCUUUCAUAAGAGGGAUCAUGGCUGGGCAUGAGAGCAAGGACUGCUGCAUUCAUGGAUUUGAGCUCCUGGCUGUGUCCUGAAUCUGCAGCCACCAAUCCUGGACAAAAAUGGGUGUUUCUCCAGGGUAGAAUAAAUCAGGAGGAGAUUCCACAGCUGCCAGCAGGUGCUGGAGGUGGGAGCAGGAAUCCAGCCAUCCUCUGGAGCACAGGCUGGAGCCAAGGCCCAGGAAGAAAGAGUUGGGCACAGCUGGGCACAGCCCAUGGAAUCUGCUCAGAGAAAUGUGAAAGGAGACAAAGAAGGAAAUUUCCAAGAAUACACAUGGAAGCAGCGUUGGUCCUUGCUCAUCAGGAUUCAUUCUACAGCGCCAGGACAAAGGGCCUCAUCAUCUGCAGCCGUGGGAGAAACCUGGAUGGGGAUCAAGUAGUGGGAAUAAUACCUUGCAUGAGGGACAAUCAGGGCUUUGCUUGGCUCCUCUGGGAUAAGCAGCCCAGCCCAGCCCCAAGGAAGAUACAGGAAGCCAAGGAGGGAGCUGCUCUGUGGGAAUGGGAUAGAGGUCACUGGAAUCACAUUGGAUGCGUCCCUGUCUCCGCUGGUCACCCCACAGCAAGAUCAUAUGGUCCUUCUAGGAUCACCAUGGAGGUCUCAGCAGGAAGGGUGAAGUCUUUGUGCUCCAGAUAUGGCGACGGACACCUACUACUCACAGCCAAGAUUUGGGAUAGAGGGAUAUGCCCCAUCCCCAGCCACGACACUCAUCCAUUGCACUGUUCCAACAAGCCAAGAAACUGCUGCUUCAUCAAAACCUUUGCCUGGCUCAGGUGUUUGUUGUUGCACUGGUUUGUUGUCCCCAAAGAACAAAAUAUCCUUGAGCUGCUCAAGUGAUGAGGACACUUUCUCCAUCCCUGGAAGUGUCCAAGGCCAGGUUGGAUGGGGCUUGGAGCAACCUGGGCUAGAGGAAGGCGUCCC